UAUCGCCCUCUUGGAUACCGGUGCUACUGUCUUAGCCACAACACUUUCAGCAAUUGGGAGAGUGGGCUCAAUAUUACUACUUUGUCAGAAUAUUUUGCCAACUUUUUGUUAACUUUGUUACAAGUUUUGCUUCGUGUCGACCAGUACUGCCACCAUGCGGAAAUCCCUGAAGAGGAUUCUCCACCACUACAGGCAGAAGCUGGUGGGGGAAGUUUACCCGAACGUCGCUGCCCUGCUGGCCUGCCUUGUUACAGACGGCACGUUUUCACCAGAGGAAGAAUACACAGUCUUGUCUCUUCCCAACCGCCACAACCAGGUCAGGGCAUUGCUAGACAUCCUGGAAACCAAGGAAAACAAAGUCUUCGGGUCCUUUACUAAUUCUCUAAGGAGCAUAUGUUACACGCAUCUUGCGAAGGCCCUUGAGGAAGACGCGGCUGAAGUCCUUACUUCACCCCGACAGGUGGAUGUUGAGAUAACUCCAAGAACGUCUGAUGAAGAUGAGAUGCCGAGUCCGUGGGAGAGAUUCGUCAGAAGAUACUUCGUGUCCAAGAGAUGCCAGGGGGAGCAGUUGCUGAGCGUGUGCGCCGAUGAAGACGGUACAUACUUGCCGUACAUCCAGGAUGAAUUUUUGUGGGACUUUGUCUGCUCCUACUAUGAUCAUUACGAUGUAGUGCCCAAAUCACUCACAUCUUUUACCAUACACUGUGUCACGGAAGGUGCCGAAAGGCACCGCCAGAAAAACAUAAUUGGGAAACAUAGCCUCUACUCCAGCCUCCUUGAGGCACUCAGAGCGUUGCCAGAUAUCAUUACAUCGCUGGAGUCCGCUGACGGCGAAGGUUGCAGCUCACCAGGGCUAACGAUUGAGAUAUCCGUGUACACCACCAAAACCAUCGAAGAAGCAAAGGCCAUAAUCCAACUUCUCCCUUACAUGCCGCGACUCCAGGAGCUGUACGUAUUCAGGGUGCAGAUCGAAAAUGACACUGCAGUAGACUUAUCCGAAGCGUUCGUCCAUCUGAAAGAUCUGAGAGUUUUAUCACUCCACACGACCAACCUAUCCGCCAACGGCGCUGGGAUCUUAGCCGAGCAGCUUCCUUCUUUGAGGAAGCUUGAAGAGCUCGUGAUCGCAUUCAAUCGUAUCGGAGAUGCUGGAGCGAAAUCGCUCGGCAGAAAGAUAGGAUAUCUGAAGAGGAUGAAAGUGCUGAACCUUCUAGGAAACGGGCUCACUCACGAAGGCGCCCUGGCAGCAAUAGAGAGCGCCCCACAGCUGGAGCAAGUGAAGUGCAGCCACAUCAGCAUCAACGAAGACGGAGCAGAGUCCCUUGGCGAGACGUUCGCUUCCAUGCAGAAGUUGAAGGAGGUGCAUCUGAACUUCCUAAACAUGUCGGCACAAGCGUCGUCCGUCCUCAACGGACACCUGGCACAGAUACAGCAGUUGGAGGUGUUGGACAUGGAUACCUGCAGUAGCUACGAGUCAGACAUCAACAUUAUCCUUACGGCUUGUGAGUCUGGGUCUAGUGGCAACAGUGCUGACUAACCGUGCCUGUGUUUCCUAGGGUCACAAACGUCUGAAGUUCGCAAACUGAAUGCGUGUGUCCUUCAAAUGUCAGCUGUUCUGUUACGGAAAAAGGAAGUCUUUGAUCCUUGUCAAUGUAGGUUCUACCACUGUCAGGUUGAAAAUUCUACGUUUUCAAAAUGUACAGCAAAUGUAGUAGAGGAAUUCUUUAGCCAAGGUACAUUACUAUUGCACAGCCCAACAGCUGGUUUUCACCAAUUUGUCAAAGGAAUAUAAAAUCUAAUUGCUAGUUUAUCAGUGAAGUUCCAAUGGUAUAUUUUUGUACCGUUAAUACGUACUAGUAUGUCUUAUAUAAUUGGAAUGACUUGGACAGACAUCUUCUGUCAGUAGCCAAUUAGCAUUCAGCAAUGUUAGAGUAGGCUGGAAUAUAUGAUACUUUCUCACAUUAAUCCUUGUCAGACACACCAAAUUCCAUAAAACUGCAAGAGACUUGUGUGUACUUUGACACUGAGUUUAUUUGACAUCUGCUACAUAUGUCAUAAUAUGUACAACUUAGAGUGGUCAGAGCUCCAGCAAGUGCCACCAUCUCCUACAGGGUGAGUUCGGCAGCAUCACAUGUGCUCCAGAAGUAUUCUAUGCCAUAUCUAUACAUCAUUUUCGUUUUAUACACAUAAAUAGAAUUGGUAAGACAUACAGUAAACAGCAUAUAGGAUACAAAAACCUAACACAAAUUUACAAAUGAGUGCUGCAGACAAAGGAUCUUCGAUUCAGGUGCCUUCUCCAACUAACUAGUGGACUUUUGAAUGUUCUUUGGAAAUUUGGUGUGACGCCCAGGGGUCCUUCACUGUGUUAAUGAACGGUAAUCAAAUGAUAGUAAUUACAGCGUAAUGCACGGCUUGUUUUUCCUGGCUUCAUGGUCUCACUCGAAGUGGCGCUUUAGAAAAUAUAUCUUUCUUGAUUACAAACAACCAAUCAAGUUGAGCCGUUGUUUUGUGCAGUACCUUGAACUAGAGGCAACAGUGUGGCGUGAUAUACAGGAUCAGUGCAGGAAUCUAUCUAUGUACUAUACAUGACACUACAGCACAUAGUAAGCAUCUUAUGUACACCUACAUCAUUUGUCCUUCAUUUCUUUUUUCAUCAUUCCGCUUUGUCUUUAUUAGAAUUCAAGUUUAGCUUGUUUUGUCUCCACAGCAUUGCACGUUAUGCGCAUAAUGUUCAAAAUUGUAAAUGGCAGCUUAAUUAACUAUGAAGUUUCUGAAUGUUUUAUAUUGACUUUCCACCCUCAAGUGCUUAAGUCAAGGAAGUCCAACCCUGUCAAAUUUGUAGAAACAUACUGCACAAUCAUCCAAAAAAAUGGAACAGAUAUUUGACUACAUCCUGUAAAAUGUUGAAAAUGAGGAAUGCUUAAUUGAGAAGUCACAAAUAUUGAAAGGAAUUCUUGCUUUUUUCAUCACCCUCUAAGCCAAGGGACUCUCUUAUGAUUUUACUUCCAUACACUGACCACACAACAUGGACAUUUUGACUGCCGUGUAUAGUUUUGAGACAAAGACAUUCCAUUGGGGCAACAUAAUAAAUCUUUUGAGAUUUCAAUGGAAAUACAUCAUUACAUGUAAGUCUAUGGUUUAAAAGUAAAUACAACUCUUACAUCCAUAAUACAGCAGCAACUGAUGAUCAGUCUAUGACAGUCUAUCUGUACAUAAAAGUACUACACUGUUUCAGCUAUUUGGGUCUCCAAAUUUGCCAUUGAAAUGCCAAGGGGAAGAUAUAUGUCCAAGCAACAUCUUCGGCCCUAUGGUGACUUUGACAAUGAAAAUGGGAAGAAAAUCCAUCCCUUUAUUCCUUUAUUCUUCUAUUCAGCCAAUGAAGCCUACACAAGAUUUCAACCCAAAGGUUCUGGCUUUUUGCAUGUACUAAAUAGAAUGAGCAGCUAUUGCCAGAACAUAUUUUUCUUCAAAAUAUGUCCUCUUGAAAACCUUGCAUUUCAAAGGCCUCAACCUUUUUUCGACAACCCUUCCACUUCUUUUUUCAAAUUCAAAAUGCCAAAAACAAGUGACACAAAGAAAAAAUUCUGUGCAAACUUGACAUGCCAGCACCAUGGACCAGUAGUUGUUGUACCAGUUGACAUUGUUGGAACCCAACACUUUGUUAGGUGACUAGAUUUAUGUUACAUCUGACACAAAUAUCUAUACAUCUACAUUUACCUUCAUACUUGAGCUUGGACUAGUUAACCUACUAUCCGUUGGUCUCAUUAAAAGACAACCAUACCAUUGCUACAUAUUAAGUAGCAGUUUGAUACCUACUUAGAACUUAUUUGAAAAAAAAAAUCUUCCA